AUGAGCUCGCCGGCGGCCGCCGCCGCGCCGCUUCCCCCGGACGAUCUCCUCCGGGAGAUCCUGCUCCGCCUCCCGCCGGAGCCGCUCCACCUCUUCCGCGCCUCCUUCGUCUCCAAGCACUGGCGCGGCCUCGUCCACGACGCCCGCUUGCUCCGCCGCUUCCGCGAUUUCCACGGCGGCACGCCUCCCGUGCUCGGCUUCCUCAACCAGAAAGGGCCUCCCUUCUUCGUCCCCACCUCCGGCGGCUUCGCGCUCUCCACUGCUUCGAUGUCCCCCGAUGACUGGUGGGCCUACGACUGCCGGCACGGUCGCGCCCUCUUUUGGAGCUGCCGCACUGGGACGCUGCUCGUCUGGGACCUCGUGACCGGCGACGAGCGCUACCUGCCGUUCCCCGCGCAGGCCUCUCAUGGGUGCUUCGAGUACAAUGCCGCAGUUCUGUGCGCGGCUGGCCACACCGACCACGGCGACUGCCAUUCCUGCCCGUUUCUCGUGGCGUUCGUGUUCAGUCACCAGUCCAAUUUCAUCACCUCCGCAUGCGUCUUCUCGUCCGAGACCGGUUUCUGGGGUGAGAUCACUUCCAUUGUUAUACCACAUGCAUUAGUUCAGGCAAAGCCGACGGCUCUGGUUGGAAACACACUCUACUGGCUGUUGGAUAAUGACAGUAUCAUUGAGUUCGAUUUGGAUAAGCAUAGCUUGGAUUUAGUUGAGGAGCUGCCAUAUGGCUAUGAUCAGAUUAUCAUCAUGCCGACAGAGGAUGAGUGCCUUGGUUUAGCCGGAGUGGAACGAUUCAAUCUCCAUCUGUGGUCAAAGUUGGCGAGCAUUGACGGGGUAGUGACAUGGACACACCAAAGGGUGAUUGAUCUCAAAAAGUUUCUUCCCCCCGAAGUAGUGGCAGGGUAUAUGGUUCAAGAUAUUCGAGCGGAGGCAUUUGGCUAUGCGGAAGAUGCUGAUGUGAUCUUCAUUGAUGUGUAUCCUAGCAUCUACAUGAUCCAUCUCAAGUCCAUGAAGGUCAAGGAGGUGGAGGUGUCAGGCAAACGCAUCUGCAGAUACAUUUUUCCUUACUCAAGUUUCUACGCUCCAGGAAUUACCAUUGGUGGUGGAAAAGAUCAAGCUGAACUGUUGAACAACAGUUGA